AUGAUCAGGGUGCACCCCCUUUAUCCCUCCCCCUUCUUUCUUCCCCCCCUUUCCCCGCCCCUGGUCCCUCAGUCUUUUCCCUCCUUCCGCUCUCUCUCCCUCCGGCAUCCACAGCCGACUCCUGCUUCCGGUCAGCGAUCGUUUGCGUAAGGGUGUCCCGCCUCUUCCGCCUUACAGUGGAGGUGGCGGCGGCGGCAGCGGCGGCGCCUGCGCAUCUCCGGCCAGGGUCAGCAGGCGGGUCCCUUGGGCGGUCCACCUGCGCGACGCGGAGCCGUGCCCUGGGGGUCAAUGGCGAUGAACUAUAACGCGAAGGAUGAAGUGGAUGGUGGGCCCCCGUUGCCUCCGGGGGGCACUACUAAGAACCGGAGACCGGAUAACACGGCCUUCAAACAGCAACGGCUGCCGGCUUGGCAACCCAUUCUUACGGCUGGCACGGUGCUACCUACCUUCUUCAUUGUCGGCCUCAUCUUCAUCCCCAUUGGCAUUGGCAUCUUCGUCACUUCCAACAACAUCCGCGAGAUCGAGAUUGAUUAUACCGGAACAGAUCCUUCCAGUCCCUGCUAUAAAUGUUUGUCUCUGAAUGCAACACCCUGCAUUUGUACCAUUAACUUCACAUUGGAACAGUCAUUUGAGGGCAAUGUGUUCAUGUAUUAUGGACUGUCUAAUUUUUAUCAAAACCAUCGUCGAUAUGUGAAAUCUCGAGAUGAUAGUCAACUAAAUGGAGAUACAAGUGCUUUACUUAAUCCCAGCAAGGAAUGUGAGCCUUAUCGAAAAAAUGAAGACAAACCAAUUGCUCCUUGUGGAGCUAUUGCCAACAGCAUGUUUAAUGAUACAUUAGAAUUAUAUUUGGUUAGCAAUGAAUCUGAACCUGUGCCAAUUCCGUUGAAAAAGAGAGGUAUUGCUUGGUGGACAGAUAAAAAUGUAAAAUUCCGAAAUCCUCCUGGAUCAGAAAACCUGGAGGAACGAUUCAAAGGUACAACACAGCCUGUAAACUGGAUUAAACCAGUGUACCUACUGGAUUCUGACCCAGAUAAUAAUGGGUUCAUAAAUGAGGAUUUUAUUGUUUGGAUGCGUACUGCAGCAUUACCUACUUUUCGUAAGUUAUAUCGUCUUAUAGAGCAGAAAAGUAAUUUACACCCAACAUUACCAGCUGGACGAUACUAUUUGAACAUCACAUACAAUUACCCUGUACAUUCAUUUGAUGGAAGAAAACGGAUGAUCUUGAGCACUAUUUCAUGGAUGGGAGGAAAAAAUCCAUUCUUGGGAAUUGCUUACAUCGCCAUUGGAUCCAUUUCCUUCCUUCUGGGAGUUGUGCUGCUAGUAAUUAAUCAUAAAUACAGAAACAGUAGUAAUACUGCUGACAUUACCAUUUAAUUUUAUAUUCUCAAAAAAUUUACUGCAUGUGCAUCAAGGCCAGUCCUAUUCAACGUAGCUUUUUGAAUGGCGAUGUCUGGUUAGUAUGUCAUUUUGAAGUUGGCACAUAAUUUUUUUAAAAAGACAGUUGUGUUCGUUGCUUCUUCCUUAUGGAUGACUUACGAAAAUAUAUGACGGGUAUAAAAAAAUUAGCUCUAUUGAUCAUAUCAACACUGUAACUGCUGAAAUGGCAUUCUGAUGUUUGCUUUUAUAUUGGGACAGGCCAUGUUGAUUCAGAGUCUCUUUCAUGUGAAAUGCAUCCACUGCUGUAAAUGUUUAUGCUGUGUUGAUAAUAUUAUAUUGACAUAUGAUGCUGUAUAUGUGUGCCUAAUUGUGUGAUGAAAGAUCUUACAAGAUGUAUAAUGACUUACUAGCCUUUCAGGAUUCAAAGUUAUGAAAAGAUGAAGAAAGACCAAAUCUAAAUAAAACACUUCAUCAUUUUCAUGUGUCGUGUAUAAAGGCUUAAAGUACUAUCUAUGUUGAAGGGGUUCAUGUAUUCUAUUUAUUCAGUACAGUUUUUUGUCACACAGCUUUUUAUUUCAAAGGUCAUGUUUACCUUGUCUAGCAUAGGAAUUUAUGGUCAUGUCUGAAGAAGUCAGAUCUCAAGUAGGAGGAUUUAAAAUUUCUCUUUCUAUUUGUUAAUCUCAACUCACUUGAUAUGUUUCGACAUGUAGGCAUUUCCCUGGAAAUUUAUACUUUCUAAGGGAUGAACAUGUGUAGGUGAGAUGGGAAAACUUUUUGGCAGACCUUGAUCUUCUACCUAACUGUAAACAUAAUGUAAAUGUUCAAAGGAGAUUGCUUUUAUUCUUGUAGUAUUUAACAUACAGAAAGUUUCUUCAGCAUUGGAAAUACCUCAAGCUGUUUUUAUCUUGAAGGUAAGUUGUUUUUUUACUUAAAUACUAAUAUAUAACAGAAAUUUUGGAAAACAUUAACCUUUUCCUCUAUUUUAUUCAGUUUUUGCAUACAGAUCAAAUAUGAGUAUGUGUAUGCAUUCUCUUUAGUUAAGGCAUCAAUUAUUGGUUGUGAUUAUUGGUUUUCCUAAGACAUAUCUUUAAAAGUUCUUUAAAUUUCCAAAUUAAACUCUGGAGAUUUUAGAAUAUGUACAUGAUUAAUUACAGUAUAUGUAGUUGAAGUUAUUUUCUAUUAACUGGGAUUAUUUUAAUAUUUCUUAUUGAACAAGUGCUGUAAAUUGUUUGCCCUGGAACUUGAAUGUGAACUUAUUUUCACAUGCAUGAAAAUGUAUGUCUUAAUGAGAAGUGGCUUAAUUUCAUUGAACUUGAUUUUUUUUUUUAAAGAAACUAAACUCAUGUUUGUAUAGAAGAAUUCCUGUUUCAUUUGUAAUGGUUUCAAAUUUCAGUUUUAUUUUAAGUCAAAAGAUCUGGGUAAUAUAUUAGUAUUGAUUAAAUGCUUUUUUUUUUAAUGUAAUGGUUGAUGGUAGAAAUGUGCCAUGCUUCUUAAAUUUUGUAUAACAAGAAGUUCAGUUAAAAGAACUUGUAAUUUCUAAUACCUUUUAAUUGGUAGACUACAUUACUAGCAUGAGGUACUUUACUGAAUAAUUAUCCUGAGUUUUUUAAGUGCAUAAUGUAUUAUUCUUUGUCUAAAAUACCCCAUAUAUUGUUAGUUCUUCAGAAUUUUGUUAUUUAUUCUGCUAAUUGACCCUUUGGUAUGUGGCAGUUUAUUUUCCAGGAUAUAUCUCUGUGGGAAAGGGAUUUUUGUCAGUCUCCCCAGACUGAGUUUGUGAUGGUCAGGGGACUGCCAUCCUUUAUCUUAUUUUCAAAUUUGGCAGCUAACCAGUGCUGCUAAAGCCCUUCCAAGACUUUUUCACCUUUGGUGAGGAUAGAAUCUUGAAAUAAUCUGGAGUUUGGUUUAUUUUACACGCACAUUGAUGGCCUGAGUUCCUUUCUACUUCCUACCAUUUGAGCUCUAAUGUAUUUCUGUUACGUAAAAGGUAUAUGGGAUAUUCACAUCACAGGUAUAUGGGAUAUUCACAUUACCUCUGUGAAGCCUGAGGAGAAGGGAAGACAUUUCUUUCUUUCUUACAGGUUUCACUUAUGUUCAUCUUCUAGCAACACUGAUGUCAUAGUCAGCUUUCAAAGAAUCAUAUUGCAUUGUAAAGACAACUAUGUUAAGUAGGAGGCACUGAAAAAUGCAAUAACUUACAGAAAGCAUUUUGAUACAUGAAUCUUCCCAAUUGGAGGAAUUAAUUAUUCAAUAAGCUAAUACAUUUCAUUGAAAUCUUAAGGCAAUUUAAAGAUAAAUUGGUAAAAAUAACUAUACUUCCAAAAGAGAAUUUUCAACCAAGAAGAGAAAGUCAAGUGAAUAUUACUUGUUUAUUGGUCAAUAAGUUAUUUGUAACUUUGAUUACAUUAAAAAUUAUGUUAAUAUGCUCUGGAUAAUAAAAAUGAACAAAAUUAACUUUG